AUGUUCAACUUGAAGAAAGAACUGCCCGAACCGAUUCCUUUCAUUGACCUUACAGUUAAUGAAGAACCAUUAGAUGAUGUUCAUAAGCUAUAUUGUCAUUUCGAAGAAGCCUGUGAAUGGCACAAUCUUAAUGUUUCGGGGCUAUUUUGGGUACGAACGGGCAUAAAACUUGAAAAGUUGGAUCUUAAGGUAACCUCUGGAACAGAAAUCACACCUGAUGGCUUUUAUGCUGCUAUAGCUCCUAGUUUUACUUUUGACAAAGACGAUGAAGCAGUUUUGGUCAGCAGAAAGAUUGAUUGUCAAAAAGGUAAUGGGCUGCUGAAAUUCAGAUUUUGGACAGGUUUUGGAGCAGUGAUUGAGGUAUGCACCAAGCGAACUGAUAUCAAUCAAAAUUCAAAAUUUGAAGAAUGCAUAAGGCUGCCAGAAAACAUAGAGCCUGGACCAGCUCAUGUCAAAAUAAGAGAUAUAAAACAAAAGCCUUUUCGAAUAUACAUAAAAGCGUCGCAUUUCAAUCCUAGUAAGACAACAAUUAAAGGUGGUUUUGCGAUUGUUGACGACAUCGAGUAUUUUGCUGAUUUGUGCGCAUCUCAAACGCAAACAACAAUGAAAACUACAAUACCAAAGACCACAUCAAUAAUUACAACACAGACGACGAAAUCAGUUAAGCCAGGAGUUUCAAGCAAAGCACCAUCAACCACUAAUCCACAAGCGAGUACGCUACCUGAACAAACCAGUUCAAUUAAAGUGACGAGUUCUCAAAAAUUAAACAACGUCACUCUUUCACCAACAACUAAUGUUACUUCGGCUAAUAACCCUACGCAGGUUGUGACAUCUACAUCUACAUCUAGUACCACAAAUACCGUUUUAACGACAACAACAGUAAUUCAAUCUACGAGCAGCACUCGAAGAAGAAGAAGGAAAACCACAACUUCAUCUUCACCAAAUACUACCGUAAUUCAAACCACUACAAUUUCUGCAUCAGUGCAAGCCAGCCAAACAAGCCCACCUAAAAGAGUGCUGAAGACGCCGAAGGUAGAGACGACAAAACCAUUUCGAUCUAUUUGUCUUACUUUCGACUGCUCAUUCACUAAUGAAGAUGAGUGCUCCAGUGAAAUUCAUGGAAGCAGGUGGAAAAUUCAUAACGGAACAGAUGACCAAAAAUGGGAAAAAAUUUUCGGAAAGCCAAUUCGAAUAAAAAAUGGCCAAGCCGCCGUUUUCGCUUAUUUAAAUGGCCCCGUAACGGAGUCGAGUUUGUAUAUUUCUUCUUUUGAAACGAUGGAUGAUUUUCAACUUUUUUUUGCUUAUAACCUUCCCUCAGAAUUGAGCGAAAUUGAAAUAUUCGCUAAACGCGAAAAUGAACGAGAAAAAAGUUUUUUUAAGGCUAAUGGAGAAGCAAAAGAAUUCACAAGGCAUUGGCACUGGAUGGUCGCUUCAAUGGCAAAAGGCUCCUAUGACUACGUAAGUAAUUAA